UUGCAGAAUUAAUUGAACACUACCUUUCUUAUUGUGAGGCAUGUAUCUGGCUGUCAAAUACACCACAGGAAAUAAUUUCUAUUAAUUGUUAAUACUCUCAAACCAGUUUUCAAAGAACAAGCAAAAGCUAUAAGUGUGUAGGCAACGAAACAUUUGUUAUCACAAGAUCACACACUUUGAAUGAAGUGCCAGCAAACCCCGCAAAUUGUCCAUUCUCGAAAGAGAGGAGCGCUUGUUUACAAACAAAAAGGCGUCAUUCUUUCACAGACACGCUCACAUGAUGAGGAGAACUGUUUCAUUGUGACAGACAGUAACUUUUGGCAGGGAUGAAGCCGGUGGGAAGCUGCGCGAGCGGAACAGAAGCGCUAUUCACGUCAAGUCUGAGUGACGAAUAACGCGCGAGUUACCAAAUAAGGACAAAAAAGCAGAGGAUGUGUCUCAAAACCUUACCAAAAGCUGAAUGCCUUGUGAAGGUUUUCUGUCAGGUACCACAGACGUGUUCGAAUAUUAACAUGUGAGACCAGCACUCAUUGUUUGUUAAGUGAUGUUCAGGUGUUUGUAGUGCGCUCGCUAGUUUAGAGAGGUGGUCUUAAUUUCCAGUGAAAUGAUGCGAGCGUCUCGAAAUGAACUUCCGUUUAAUCCGAUGACUCGAUUAUUACAGAGAAGGGGGAGCAUCUGCGUGACGACAAAAAGCGCAACGUGCUUGAAGUCAUGCAUCAAUCUAAAUAAAACCCACGAGCGCCGGCAUGUUUCAUAACACACCCGCGACUACCUGAACCACGCACGAGCUCUGCAAACAUACAAACCCUUUUGAAAAUACGAAUUUGUGAUUAAUCGGAAAACACAAGACAUUAGUUUGGUUUUGCUGUAAGAAGAGGAAGAACAGAAGACUUCCCAAUAGCUUGACUUUCGCAACAGAGCAAGAUGGAGAAGAUGAAAGACAGUAAGGGGAAGAAGGUGACAUUGUGCCUCAUGUUCUGCGUGUCCACAGCCGUCAUUGGCUCCCUGCAAUUUGGCUACAACAUUGGUGUCAUCAACGCUCCUGAUGUGAAAGUGCAGAACUUCUUCAGGAACGUGACUCUGGUGCGCACUGGAGAGCCGAUGGAUGAUUACACAGUCACAACAUUGUGGAGCGUUGCUGUUGCCAUCUUUAAUUUCGGGGGCAUGAUCGGGUCUCUCAGUGUCGGAGCUCUGGUUAACAAGCUUGGAGGACGGAAGUCCAUGCUGCUGUCCAACAUCCUGGCUCUGAUUGGUGGAGGCCUGAUGGGUUUAUCUAGCAUAUGCUCUUCCUAUGAGCUGCUGAUAGUAGGCCGACUGGUGAUCGGUGUGUUCUGUGGCCUGAGUACUGGACUGACACCCAUGUAUGUUGGUGAAAUUGCUCCAACAGCACUCCGAGGAGCUUUUGGUACUCUUCACCAGCUCGGGGUGGUCAUCGGCAUCCUGGUUGCACAGAUCUUGGGUCUGGAGUCACUGCUAGGAUCUCAGACUUUGUGGCCAUUGCUGCUGGCUCUGACGGCACUUCCUGCAGUAAUACAGAGCAUAAUGCUGAUUUUCUGCCUUGAGAGCCCUCGAUACCUGCUGAUCAGCCUAAACAAGGAGGAUGAAGCCCGCCAAGCGCUGACCAGUCUCAGGGGACAUUCAGAUGUGGAGGAUGACAUUCGUGAAAUGAAGGAUGAGGCCAUGAAAAUGUCCAUGGAGAAAAGGGUGUCUAUCCCAGAGCUGUUCCGUAACCCUGCCUACAGACAGCCCAUUAUUAUUGCCAUAAUCCUGCAGCUUUCCCAACAACUGUCCGGCAUUAAUGCUGUCAUGUAUUACUCAACAGAGAUCUUUAGAAACGCAGGCAUAACUGAGCCGGUCUUUGCCACCAUUGGAAUGGGUGUAGUCAACACUGUCUUCACUGUCGUCUCUCUCUUCCUGGUGGAGAGAGCAGGGAGAAGAACACUGCAUUUGAUUGGACUGACUGGAAUGACUUUCUGUGUUCUGCUUGUCACCAUAUCUCUUAAACUUGUGGACUCUGAAAUAGAAAAGGCUAAACUGCUUCAGAACGGCACUGCCAUCAUUGAUUCUGCAUCUCCGUCAGAGGGAAUUUCAACAGUCAAAGUUCUGGCCAUUCUGGCAGUGUUCGGAUUUGUGGCUAGUUUUGAGAUGGGACCAGGACCAAUCCCAUGGUUCAUAGUUGCGGAGUUAUUCGCCCAGGGUCCACGUCCAGCAGCGAUGGCUGUGGCAGGAUGCUGCAAUUGGACCGCAAGCUUCCUUGUUGGAUUGCUUUUCCCAAUACUAUCAAAAAAGAUUGGGGCUUACGUGUUUAUCAUAUUCCUCAUCCUCCUCGUUGUCUUCAUUGUUUUUACCUACUUCCGUGUUCCUGAGACCAAAGGUCGGACAUUCGAGGACAUAGCCAGUGGAUUUUCCAAUGCCGCAGACUCCAACACUGCCAACUACAAGUCCGCAGAGGGCGCCGUUUCUCUGCCAAUUUCCCCAUCAUCAGAGAAGUUUCAGAUGACUGAGCUGGCGGGACAGGAGAAAAGCUGAACAAAAGUGCAGAACAUGACCUAUAUACAGUACUCUAAACAGACGCUUGCAACAGACAACAGAUGCAGCUAAAUGAUGGGUAUUCGUCUAAGUUUUUAGACGCAUGGAAACAUGGAGGGGAAUAGAUCUGACAAGUUUCCAUUCAUUUCAAUCCUCUAAUAUUUAGAUGACUUCUCAAAGAAGAAAAGUUUUGGGCACCUGUUGCAGUAUUGAAGUAACUCAACACAGACAUUUAAAAUAAUGUUUGGAGAAAAAAUAAAUUAACAUGGCUUAAUAUAAUAAAAAAAGCGUAUAAUUUCACAAUAUAAACAUCUAAGGGUCAUAAACUAUUUAUUUUAAAAUUUAAUAACACUCUCUCAGGCCCACUUAUAAUAUUAGCAAAGAUUUACAUAAAAGUGAUAGGCUUCUUUCAAACAUACACAACUGAUGACUGUGUCCACCUGUGUCUUGUUUAAAAGCAAAGUCACAGCAAGCAAAUGAACAGUGUCUUACUGAUGUGAUCUGCAUAUUAGAUUUAUGAGUUAAAAAUAAUCAAUACAACAGAUGACAACAUUAUAACACCAGCGAUUCUGUCAACACUGGAUUAGGCAUGGACCGGUGUAAGAUUCUGACGGUAUGAUAACCUUGGAUAAAAAUUAUUACGGUAUUGUGAUUACUGCUCUGAAAUAUAUAUAUUUAAAUGUCUGGGCAUAAAAACA